UGUCAUGACAACACAGAUCCGGACGGGAUAUUUUACGUGGCAAUUUUGACAUUAGAUUUUGAUGCAUACACCAUUAGGUCGGCAUCUAAUGGCUCCCUCCACGGGAGGAAUAUUCAGUUUACUAUCAACGAAGAACUGCCUCCGGGGACUCAGAUUGGCAGUUUGUUGGAUCACGUCCCUGGUUCAUACAGCAACUUGAAAUUUGUCAAAUUGGCACAUACUCACGACACAUCCAGAUUGUUUUCUGUCGACCAGUUCACUGGCGCUAUCACAGUAGCAUCACGACUUGACAGAGAAGUAUUGUGUCAGGAAAAGAGUCUCAUGUUACUUCCUGCCUCCUCUGGUACACCAUUUGAUAACAAAUUGUGGGAGUUCAAUAUAACCAAACCCGGUACAUGCCAGGUGCACUUUGGUGUUAACUGUCUAAGCGUCCGAGCAUCAACUACACUGAACGGCCGACUGAAUGGCAAGUUGAUUGUGCUUUUUGACGUGACUGUGAACAUUCGGGAUCUGAAUGACAAUUCAUGCACGUUUUUGCCAUCCGAUAAGCAAGUGAUAACGUUGGACGAAGAUGCGCCUGUGGGUGAAACGCGAAUUCCACUUCACAUACCCUACGACCCCGACGAUGUGAGUACGGGGCAUUCAGUGAACUUGAACAGUAUACGGUUGCAUCCAACCACACCACAUGAGUACCCAAGCCAAAGAGUUGCGAAUGAAUCCCCACUAUCAAUCGUUACAGAACAAACGUUCCGCAUCAACAUAUUUAAUGGAAACUCUCCAGACAUCAUGACAAACAUUCCAUUUGACUCCAACCAUUCCUUUCCCUUUCGGAUCGAACUGGAGUUGCUCAAACCAUUAGAUUUUGAGAAAAGGCAAAACUAUACGUUCUCCGUAAAAGCCGAUGAUGGUUCCACUGGUGCUGAGCAUGAAUGUAGUUUGAAUCUAAUAGUUCAAGUCCUCGACUGCAAUGACAACCCACCUGUGUUUGAAAAGAAUUUUUAUUCGGCGAAUGUAACAGAAGACACUCCCAUAGGUAUCCUCAUACUUCAGGUCAAGGCAACCGACGCUGACAGUGGACCGAAUGGGGCCGUUCAGUAUAGAAUUGAAGGUGCAAAUUUCAGGGCACUGAGAAGCUUCAAGCUGCAUUCGGAAACCGGUGAACUACGUUUGAACGAUCGAUUGAAUUACCGUGACCAGUCGACAUACAGUUUCAAUAUUGUCGCCGAAAACAUAAAUACGAACUAUUCUCUCAGGGAUCGUAAUCGAAAGCAUAAUGCUGUGACUCGCGUACAGAUUCACGUGACAGAUGUGAACGAUCAGGCUCCGGAUAUCCAUAUUUUCUCACCUACUGGGUUAUCAACAUUAGAGGUGGUUGAAGAAACAAGUCCAGGGCAAGAUAUAGCAAUUGUGGAUGUUACGGAUGGGGAUUCGGGCCAAAACGCCCUGGUAGAUUGCAGGCUUAUUAAUCAGACUACUCCUGAUGCGCUAAAGCUUACUUUUAUGGACGAAUCUGUGGUCCAAAAUGCGAGACCGCAUAACAAAAAGCGCUACAAAAUAACCGUUGAAAAAAGCCUGGACAGAGAAUCUUCAAAAUCUCUACAUUUUACUAUACAUUGUUGGGAUCAUGGAACUCCAUCUCUGGUGGCGGACAUGCCAAGUACGCUUAACCUUAUUGAUAUCAACGACAACCUACCAUUGUUUCGAAAGAACGUGUACUCAGUGAUGAUCACAGAAGAUAGCGACCCACUUCGAUUAAAGAAUCGAUUUGAGAUCGUCAAAGUUGAGGCAACAGAUCGAGAUGAUGGACGAAACGCUCAGCUGCGCUACACUCUGGAUCACGGAACUCCAACCUCUCUUCUUGGUCUUGUAAAAAUUGAUGCAGAAUCUGGUGUACUCAGUUCCACCGGUAGCUUGGACAGAGAAUUUCUGGAUGCUUUCUCAGUUACUGUCAUUGCUACAGACCUGGGGGAUCCCCCACGAUCAGCACACACUGUUGUCAACAUACGCAUACUAGAUUACAAUGAUAAUCCACCUACAUUCCUCAAAUCUGCGUACUCUUUUUCUGUAAAAGAGAACUGUCCUGUGGGCGAGUUGAUUGGCACACUGACCGUUACCGACGACGAUAUCGGAAAUAAUGCAAGGAUCAAGUUUGAACUUGACGAUGUGGUUGAUCGUGCCUCAGCGUUCUCACGACCCCUAAUGUUACACAAAGGCACCACAGACUACGACGCACCACUUAAUCCCUACUCCACAGUUCACUCGGAUAGUCGCGAGAAAAAUCACAACGAAGAGCUAACUCAGGUAAGACUUGUCAGUUACCAAGUAAGGUCACCGCCAUCAACGCUGAAGCAGCUACAGAACAGCACUAUAUAUGAAGUCCAACUGUAUACCAAUUCAAUAUGGGAUAGGGAGUCCAACAUGCCGUAUUCAAGGGCUGUAGCUACUGGGGAGUUUCGAGCCAUGCAGAUGGGCGAGGUUGGAUUAACUGGGGAGUUGGGCCAGAUGAACUACUCACUAGACCGAGAAUCGUAUGUGGUGAUUCAGAUUCAGGCGGAAGAUCAAGGCACACCGCGACUAGUAAGACGAGUCACAGUUCGAAUACUCAUCGAAGACGAGAAUGACAAUUCGCCCAUAAUGCUGUUCCCUGAUCCACACACACUAAAUGUGACACGCAUUCCGGUCUCCUAUAAAGAACCAAAGGGAUAUACAUUUGCU